GGCGACGACAGCUGCAUGUGUAAGCGCGGCCUUCGCCGGAUGACCAAGUGGUUUGUAUAUAAGCUGGCCAGCUGGGUUAACUCGACAUCAAACCAAGCUUACAGCUCCAAGUAGUCACUACAACCAAACACAAAAACCAAUCAACAAUCAACAUGAAAUUCCUCGCCGUCUGCUUCUUCGCUGUUGUGGCCGUGGCUGCUGCCAAGCCCGGACUUGUGGCUCCUCUGGCCGCCGCUCCUCUGGCCUACACCGCUCCGGCUGUGGUGGGCAGUGCCGCCUACGUGGCUCCCUACGCCUCCAGCUACACCGCCCACUCGGUGGCCCACAGCGCCGCCUUCCCAGCUGCCUACACCGCCGCCUACACCGCUCCCGUUGCCGCCGCUUAUACCGCUCCAGUGGCCGCUGCCUAUGCCGCUCCCAUCGCUGCUCCCUACACCCGACUUGCCACGCCCUACGCCGCCGCCUACACCUCGCCCCUGGCCUACAGCUCUCCCUAUGUGGCCACCGCUGCCGCUCCUCUGCUGCUGAAGAAGUAAUUCCAUGGACUGUGAAUCCUACGCCUCAAUGACAAAUUUUUAAAUACAUGAUUUUAGAAUCCA